AUGCUCGCCAGGUUUGUAAAUUCUUUGCCAACCGGCAUAUCGCAACAAAUUACGAGGCUUUACUUUCAAGUUCUAGUUCGAAAUCAGCGGGGGACUCACAGCCACUCAGACUUUUACAAAUUCAAAAAUAUGGAUAUAAAAAUAUUGCCUGCUCUUCAAGAUAAUUACAUGUACUUAAUUGUGGAUAAAGCAACACAGGAAGCUGCUAUUGUUGACCCUGUAGAGCCCAAAAAUGUGCUUGAUGCUGUGACUCUAUGUGGUGCGAAACUCACCACUGUGUUGACAACACAUCAUCAUUGGGAUCAUGCAGGAGGAAAUGAAGAGCUUGUGAAACUACAUCCAGGUCUCAAAGUGUAUGGUGGCGAUACUCGUAUUGGAGCCCUAACUGACAAAGUAAUGCACAACACUGAGCUCAACAUUGGAAAGUUAAAAGUACAAUGUCUUUUUACUCCAUGCCACACGUCAGGUCACAUAUGCUACUAUGUAUCUACUGAUGAAGAAAAUAGCGACACUGCUGUAUUUACAGGUGACACAUUGUUCCUGGGUGGUUGUGGAAGAUUUUUUGAAGGUUCUGCUCUACAAAUGUACACUGCGCUGUGCACCAUAUUGAGUGCUCUUCCAGAGGACACGAAAGUAUUUUGUGGCCAUGAAUACACAUUGCAGAAUCUGAGGUUUGCCCAACAUGUUGAACCAUCAAAUGAGCAAAUAGCAAAGAAAAUGGAGUGGACCGUCAAAAGACGACAGAACAAUCUUCCUUCAGUCCCCUCAACCAUUGGUGAAGAGAAAUUGUACAAUCCAUUCAUGAGGGUGGAAGUGCCGUCUAUAAUGAAACAUGCUGGACAGAACACGGCAAUAGAAACUAUGCACUUUAUCAGGCAAGAGAAGGACAACUUUAAGUAA